CUUCGCAAAAAAAGAGAAAGCAAAACCGAAAUAUCCCCCCGCCUCCACCACUGUUCGUCUUCCCCUCCUCUCCUCCUCCACCUUCCCCCCUCUCCACUCCUCCUCCCCCCCGAUUCCUCCACCGAAUUCGCCUCCCAUUUGCCCGUCUCCCGCUUCGGCGCAGCCUGCCCGUACGCGACAUCGCCCGCGGCGGCGGGACGGAGGGGCGGGAGGCGUGCCCUCGGCGGGUGCUGCUGGGCUUCGGCUGGCAUGGAGCGGAGGAGAUCCACCCCCGACCUGGGAUGAUACCCUCGUUCGCUGCUGAUCACAAGGAAGGAUGGAGUGGUGGGGGUGUUGAUAUUAUCUAGUGCUUAUCAAUGUGAAAGAAGCUUUCACAAUGGCCCCAGGAAGCAGCAUUGUGAGUGUGACUGAAGUUCCUGAGUCAGAUUGUGGCGACCGUGGGCUCUCCGAGGCACUCAGUAGUAUUAGGCUUGAUGGAGAUUCUACAAGUAAGCCCUCCUGGGCUGCGUCACUUGUCAAUGUUGGUUUGUCAUCAUUGACUGGCUUGAAUGAUUUGCUCGAGUGUCCAGUGUGUACAAACUCAAUGCGGCCACCUAUACUUCAGUGCCCAAAUGGCCACACAAUUUGCUCCAGCUGUAAGCAUAGGGUAGACAACCAUUGCCCCACUUGCCGCCAGGAGCUGGGAAAUAUCAGAUGCUUGGCUCUCGAGAAGGUGGCCGAAUCGAUUCAGCUUCCAUGCAAAUACCAAAGCCUGGGCUGCACCGAGAUCCAUCCUUACCAGAACAAACUUAAGCACGAGGAGCUCUGCAGGUUCAGGCCAUACAGCUGUCCAUAUGCAGGUUCAGAGUGCCUCAUUGCAGGUGACGUUCCGAUGCUCGUGUCUCAUCUCAUCAAUGACCACAAGGUGGACUUGCACGAAGGCUGCACCUUUAACCACCGCUAUGUGAAGUCCAACCCUUACGAAGUGGAAAACGCAACAUGGAUGCUCACUGUUUUCAAGUGUUUCGGGCAGCACUUCUGCCUCCACUUCGAGGCGUUCCUGCUGGGGAUGUCCCCGGUGUACAUGGCGUUCCUGCGGUUCAUGGGGGAGGAGAGUGAGGCUCGGAGCUUCUGCUACAGCCUGGAGGUGGGCGGGAACGGGCGGAAGCUGACGUGGCAGGGCACGCCGCGGAGCAUCCGGGACGGGCACAAGAAGGUGCGGGACAGCUUCGACGGGCUCAUCAUCCACCGCAACAUGGCCCUCUUCUUCUCCAGCGGCACCCGGCAGGAGCUCAAGCUGCGCGUGACCGGCCGCAUCUGGAAGGAGCAGUGACUGACGGCUCCUGCUGGGGGCACGCGGCCUACCUCUCCUCCGGAGCGCGCCGCUGCAGCAAAGAGCACUAGAUCGGCAAUCGCGGCUCCAGCCUGUCUGUCUGUGCACAUGCCUCUUCGGCCGUUUGUUCUCUCCGUGAUUCCAUUGUUUUGUUGCCGUGCUGGGAGACUGUCUGCUACUUCUGCUGCUACUUGGUGUACAAAUGCUUGGUGGAAGGGAAAGGGUUCCCAAGAACGUACGACGUAUGUUGUGAAAUUUCUUGCAAUUUGUCAUACAAAUCCAGUGCAUCUUAGCCUGGCUUGCUGUUC